AAUGAUUCAAACUUUAAAUCAGACAAGUAUAAAUUAGAUAAUAAAAGGAGCAAAGAACAUCACUCCGACGAUGACGACGAAAUCCAAAGCGAUAUCAGCGAAGACAUCAAAGAUCCCAAUUCGAAGAAGAAAAAAGGCGACUCGAAAUCACAAAGUGCUGGAAAACCGAGGAGGGCGCGAACUGCGUUCACUUACGAACAACUUGUAGCUUUAGAAAAUAAAUUUAAGACGACACGGUACCUUAGUGUUUGCGAAAGACUGAAUUUGGCUUUAAGUUUAAGUCUCACUGAAACUCAAGUCAAAAUAUGGUUUCAAAACAGAAGGACGAAGUGGAAAAAACAAAAUCCCGGAAUGGACGUGAACUCACCAACAGUACCUCCGCCUAGCGUUACGUCGGGUAGCAGUUUUCCCGGCUUCCCAGGUCACCAUUCCCAUUCCGGCUUACUCUACUCCCAUCACGUACCUUACGGCGGCGUUUACCCGUUACAGGCGGCGACAUCUGGAAGUUACACACCAUAUUUUCACUUAACUAACCACGGCCAUAAUUUGGGAUCUUGAAAAUUGACCAGUUACGACUAGGAUGCUGUUUAGUGCUAAGAGUGGACUCAGGAUACUUUGACCAUUGUCGAUUGCAAAUCGACGAAUUAAAAUAGAAAUCCCCAUUAGAUCGUCAGUAAACAACGUUGUACAAUUUUAUGAACAAUUACAAAAGCGGGCAGUUGUUCCUACAAUAAAAUUGUAGAAAGGCAUUUGUAUAUUAUAAUGACUUAAAUAGGCCAAAUAUUAUUGACAAUGU